AUGUUGUUUUUCAAGCCCCUAAGCUUGCUUCUCGCGUCAUCUGCUCUGGUAGCAGGUCAUGGAUAUGUCUCUAGUAUUGAGGUUGACGGUACUACCUAUGGUGGUUAUCUAGUCGAUACCUACUACUAUGAGUCUGAUCCCCCUGAGUUGAUUGCUUGGUCUACGAACGUGACUGAUGAUGGCUAUGUGGCACCCACAGCCUACAGUGAUUCAAGCAUCAUCUGCCACCGUGGCUCUUCUCCGGGAGCGCUUUCUGCUCCUGUACCGGCUGGUGGUUCCGUCAAGCUGACGUGGAACACUUGGCCGGAUGAUCACCAUGGCCCUGUAAUUACAUACAUGGCCAACUGCAAUGGUGCCUGCUCUGAUGUCGACAAGACGACUCUAGAGUUUUUCAAAAUUGAUGCCGGCGGUCUGAUCGAUGACAGCACGGUCCCGGGAACAUGGGCUACAGAUGAACUGAUCGCAAAUAGCUACAGUCGCACUAUCACUGUUCCUAGCGACAUCGAAGCCGGUUACUAUGUUCUUCGCCAUGAGAUCAUUGCACUCCACGGUGCUGAGGACUUGGACGGAGCACAAAACUACCCUCAGUGCAUCAACCUUGAAGUAACUGGGAGUGGUACCGCCACACCAAGUGGUACUCUUGGAACCGCCUUGUACAAAGACACUGACGCUGGAAUCUACGUUGACAUCUGGAAUGCCCUCAGCACUUAUGUGAUUCCCGGUCCGGCUCUCUACACUGUCACUGGCUCGUCCAGUACUACUGUCUCCGCCAUCUCUACUACUGUCUCCGCCAUCUCUACUACGCCAGCGGCUAUCAAAACUACCUCAACUACAUACCCAACGACCUUGAUUACUUCAACCCGUCCUCAAACUACUACGGCCACAUCUUCUUCUGAACAGACCGCGCAGGCUGAGCCUAGUGACGGUAAAUCAACCACUUCAGGAAGCACUCUGCUCAGUGCCACUCCCACUGCUCUUCCUCAGGCUGUUACCAGUGCCACAGUAGCCUCUAGUAUCCCUGCCACUACCUCUGGUGUUCUCACGGGGUCAUGUGCUCAAGAGGAUUAUUGGUACUGCAAUGAUGGUGCAGCAUUCCAGCGCUGUGUUAAUGGCCAGUGGGAUGAAUCACAGGACAUGGCCAAUGGUACCGGUUGCACCCCUGGUAUUUCGGAGACUAUAACCAUCUUCGCGACCUAA